GUCUGCAGAGUGGAAAGCUUGCUAUGCUGUUAACUGAUAUUCUGAUAACAGAUGAGAUGAAAGCAAUGGUGGAAGAUGGAGGUGUCACAUUACAAUUAACAACCACUGUAGAUUCUACCUGUCUAACAACGGCUGAAGCAUUUUUCAAAGCUUAUGAGGAGGAACAAAAGAUAUUUACGGUUGCAAGAGUGGAAACUGUUACCAAGUUGUAUCUCAAUAGAGAACGUCAAGCAGGUCUUGCACAUUUUAAUUUGAUGACGACUAGAUGGCCUUCAACAUUCGAAAUAAAACUGUUCACUGAAAGGUUUCUUCAAAGCAAAACCGCUGAUAUUAAAACAGCGCAACCUCAAUUUAAUGACGAUGAAGUUGCCUCAACAUCAACAUACACACAGAAAUUAAAGCUAUCGUCCAAUAAAAUUGCGAAGAUACCAGAUUCAUUGUGUGCAUUAGAACAGUUGACAGAACUUUACAUGGGGUAUAAUGCAUUGACUGCUAUACCAGAUGAGAUUGGUAAAUUGAAGAAUAUGAAUAUAUUGAAUCUAACGUUUAAUAAAAUUGCGAAGAUACCAGAUUCAUUGUGUGCAUUAGAACAGUUGACAGAACUUUACAUGGAGUAUAAUGCAUUGACUGCUAUACCAGAUGAGAUUGGUAAAUUGAAGAGUAUGAAGAUAUUGAAACUAAAUAACAAUAACAUUGCGAAGAUACCAGAUUCAUUGUGUGCAUUAGAACAGUUGACAGAACUUUACAUGGGAUCUGAUGCAUUGACUGCUAUACCAGAUGAGAUUACUAAAUUGAAGAGUAUGAAGAUAUUGGAUCUAUCGUUCAGUAAGUUUGCGAAGAUACCAGAUUCAUUGUGUACAUUAGAACAGUUGACAAAACUUAACAUGCAUUAUAAUGCAUUGACUGCUAUACCAGAUGAGAUUACUAAAUUGAAGAGUUUGAAGAUAUUGAAUCUAAAUCACAAUAACAUUGCGAAGAUACCAGAUUCAUUGUGUGCAUUAGAACAGUUGACAGAACUUAACAUGGUGUCUAAUGCAUUGACUGCUAUACCAGAUGAGAUUAGUAAAUUGAAGAGUAUGAAGACAUUGAAUCUAUCGUUCAAUAAGAUUGCGAAGAUACCAGAUUCAUUGUGUGCAUUAGAACAGUUGACAGAACUUGACAUGAUGUCGAAUGCAUUGACUUCUAUACCAUCAG